ACCAUUGCUGUCAGUGUAUACUGUUUACAGACUGCAAUCAUAACUUUGAAAGCACCGAAUCAAGAAUGGCUCCAGACCGCAGCCAAAUCGCUCUACAUAAUCGUAAACCGCUUCUGACGUUUGGCAUACUCCAGGUGCUGUUUGGAGUAGCUAUGCUUAUCACCGACAUUAUCAAUGUCAGCAUCAAUGCGAUUGAUUACGCAUUCUCCUUCAGUUUCUUCGCUUCCGGAUUAUACAUCGGCGUGUUCAGCACCAUAACCGGAUCCUGCGGAAUCGCCGCCGGUCGCCGUUUAUCCGCUGGACAAACACCGCGUUCGCGCCGAUGUCUUCUCAUCACCAGCAUGGUGCUGAGCAUCCUGACGACCAUCUUGACUGCGUUCUUGGUUGUCGUUCUGGGCAUCAACCUGAACAGUUAUAUUGCCUUUAACUAUUAUUACGGGGAUCUGUGUAACAGCUGGCAUGCUGAUUACGAGUAUAAUGCGGCAGCGUGCCGCCGUAUCCCCAACGGCCAAGCGUUUAACGGGAGCUUCGUGGGACUGCACUGUCUUAUGUGGAUUUGCAGUUUGGGUCAAGCGAUCACAGCGGGGAUCAACAUGUGCAGAAUACCGAAACCCUUUAACAAUUGUCAAGCCCCGCACGUGGUGUAUGUACAGCCGGGUUACAAUUAUCCGCCCGGUGUGCCGGUUAAUCCCGCUGCGCCGGGUCAGCAGAUUCAUUUCGUGGCGAGUGAACCAGCGGCACACCCCACCCCAGCUCCUUAAUGCUUAAACGCCAUGGUGUUGCACUUUUCUCGUUUUCUCUACACCGGGUCAUCGGUGAUGUCCAUUUUGUUCCAGCGGCAGUGGAUCAUUGUCCGUGGACUAUCUGCGAUAAAAUAACGUACGUGCAAGUUGAGUUUAUGAGGGAAAUCAAUGGCCAAGGUGUUGACGCGGUUACCUUGAAACUGGUAAAAAUCGUUUGGAGAUCCAAUUUAAUGACUACCGGCAAAAGUUGCAAAAAUGAUGCCGGUAGCGUAAUCCUGAGAAUAAAGCUGAACAGUUCUGAGUUGGCUGUUAUAUGCUGAACGCAGUCGCAACGGGAUACACGUCGGGCAUUGCCAUUUCCUACCCGGUACUCGUGAUUUUGUAGACGUGCAGAUAAGCAGCCUGCACGCGCCACGUAUCAGCGUCGGCGUUGGGCCGCACCCAGCACUCCACGCGUGCCGACGUGUGGAGAUCCACCUGGCUGAUGGUCAGCGUGCUGCUGGCCGUGUUGGUCGAGAUAUUGGCGGUGACGCUGAAGACGAACUGCUCCGCUGAAGAGAUGCCGAAGAGCGGGAAACGCUGCGCCGCCAGCCGCGGCUGCUCCUGACGACGCAGCAGGCGGGUGCGAGCCAGCGCGAAAAGGGGAUGAUCAGCCGGGGCGCUGAUGACGUGGCCGUUGAAGCGCCAGAUGAAGGCCACCGGCUGGUUAGGCAAGGUGUUGGCCGCGCAUUCGAAGCUGGCGUCAGAGAGGCGCUGGACCGUGGCGUUGGCCAGCGGGUGGAUAAACAGCUGGCCGGCCGUCGGCAGCACCACCAACUGGAAUAUCUGGUAGCUAUAGGUGCAGAAGUUGUCGCGCAGCGUGGUGGGCGUCUCCUGCAGGCGACCACACGCCUGCGCGCACUCAACCAGACUGCCGGUGGCGCUCCAGGGGAAGUAGCGGACGGAGAGCGACAUGGUGGCCAUCAUCAAACCGGGCAUGUGCGGGAUGGGGCGCAGGGAGUGCACGUCGUGCUGCAUGUCGUAACCGGGAUGUUGUACAGCGGGCAGUCGAAAAGGGCCUGCUGACCCGAUUCAAUACGCACGAUUUGCCGUUCCACGGUCAGCCGCUCGAUGGGCGGGACGCGGUCAAACGGCAGGCGAAUGGGUGUCGGCGGGGAAUUGCGUGUCGCCUCGUGGACGAGCUGCUCGACUACAAUUUAUUUACGGAGUCUGCACAGAUGAUCAAUAGUUCACUAAAUGAUAACCGACUGGACAAACGCGGUCUACUGCUUUUCUUAAGCAACGUUUUAGUUUGGCUGUCAUGAAGGGAAAUGCUACAACGGUGUCAAGUACGGACCGUACGGUACCUUUUUAUUCUAGAAAGAAUAAAGAAUUUGGUUGUUUUUUUAAUGUUUAAAUU